AGUUGAUCAACACACUGUCUUCUAUUACAAGUAAAUGACUGCAAAAAAGAAAACAAUUGACAUACUUACAUACUUAUGGAUUAUGCGGGUUAACUAAACGCUCAUGUGGCAAUUAGAAUCAUAGCUAAAGGCUACAUCGUAAAAAGCAAUGUCACUGCGUGCGCUCAGGAAACGGGAUACUCAGUUAAAUCAAGGCACAAGCUACAGCAGCAGCAACAAAGCAACGCUCUUCAGAAAAGCCAACAAAAACAACAAUACAAACGCAAUAACAACGUCACGCUUAUUAACAAAAUUAACGCUAAUUAGCACGCAAAAACUAAUACGUCAACGCAAACUACUAGGACGCGCUACACUAUCCAAUCCAGAUCUAACGGAAUUCCAAAGGGCAAUUGGCCAUCGCCACCUGUUGCGCAGUAAAUCUGAAGGCGAUGUUAUUGCUCUAGUGCACGCAGAUCAUUCACAAAGAGGCCUUACGGCGGCUAACGCCAAGUCUGAGGUUUGCCUACAACGCAUUAGUUCGCAUAGCUACGAGCCCAAGGAAGUGAAAAUGUUAGGCGGCGCGCGUUCUCAUCGCGAUUUAUCUGCAGUGCAGGAUAUUGAAACAGGACGCACACCGCGUCGCAUGAGCGAAUGCAGUCUGGGUAGCUCGCAGCGCAGUCGUUCCAUGUUCUCCAGCCAAAUGACACUAGCUACCAAUGCGGUGGCACCGGUUGAUCCCAAUGUGCCGCUGCGUGUGCCCAUUAUAGGCUAUGAGGUAAUGGAGGAGCGUGCACGCUUUACAGUCUACAAGCUGCGCGUGGAAAAUCCAGAUACCAACGACUGUUGGCUGGUCAUGCGACGCUACACGGACUUUGUGCGUCUCAAUAGCAAACUAAAGCAGAGCUAUCCACACAUUAAUCUUAUGCUGCCGCGCAAGAAACUAUUUGGCGAUAACUUCAAUGCUGUCUUCCUGGACAAUCGCGUGCAGGGCUUACAGAUGUUUGUUAACUCGGUAAUGGCGCUGGAACAGCUGCGCAAAUGCAAGCUGGUUAGAGAGUUUUUCUGCUUGGAUGAGCCGCCAUCCUACUCUGAGUCUAUGGAGGAAUGUCGAGCUAUAUUUGAGGCACAGGAAGAGACAAUAACACACCUGAAGCUCCAAAUACAACAUAAAAACGAUUUCAUACUCAAUUUGCAGCAAAAGUUGAGUGAUGAAAUGCAAGAAAAGGAGCAGCUUAAACAGGCUUUGAAAAAUGGAAAUUUAGACUGUUCGCACUGCUCCUCGGCAAAUGCCAGUCUGGCGCUAAAAUAAAUCUUUGAUGUAUACAUUUACUAUGCAGAGCAUAAUUCUUCUAUACAUAUAUACAAAUGCAUAUCGUGCUCAGUUUUACAGCAGAGCUGUAAAUGGAACUUUGUAAUGUAAAUUUACAGCUCUACUGCACCAAUAGUGCUUUAGUAUUCUCAUAUCGUAUCUGAUAAGCAAUAAAAAAUUGUUUUUUUUAAACAAAU